CCUCCUUCCAAUCUCUGCUUCUCCCGGGUACCCCUCCGCCCUCCGUGGGGCCCGGGCUCUGCCCCUCCCCCCAGACCCUGCACCCUCUGCGGAUUGGUCCUCGGCCUGCUGGGGGGCGGGGCCAGAGGGCCCUGACGUCACUGGCCGAGGGGGGCGGGCGGCUGAAGGAGGGGGUGACGGGGCCCCGGCUCAGCACCUCGGAGAGCUCCCUCCCCGGCCUUGUUUUGCUCUGGCAUCGCCGCCAGGGGAGGGAGCGAGGGGGCCGGGCACCGGGCGCAAAGGCAGGGGGAUGGCCAUGGAAGGGUUGAGGGGCCCCGUCGGACAGAGGGCCCAGCCGUGAUCCAGCGACGGGUUUGGGGCUCCGGGAGGGGUGGGGGGCAGCGGGCGGCGGCAGCAGUGGCCGCACAUCUGGAUGGAAGCGAGCUUUGUCCAGACCACCAUGGCUCUGGGGCUGUCCUCCAAGAAAGCGUCCUCUCGCAACGUGGCUGUGGAGCGUAAGAACCUGAUCACCGUGUGCAGGUUCUCUGUGAAAACGCUGCUGGAGAAGUACACAGCGGAGCCCAUCGAUGACUCAUCGGAGGAGUUUGUCAAUUUUGCAGCCAUUUUAGAGCAGAUCCUCAGCCACCGCUUCAAAGGUCCAGUGAGCUGGUUCAGCUCAGACGGGCAGCGGGGCUUCUGGGACUAUAUCCGGCUGGCCUGCAGCAAAGUGCCCAACAACUGUGUGAGCAGCAUCGAGAACAUGGAGAACAUCAGCACAGCCCGGGCCAAGGGCCGGGCAUGGAUCCGGGUGGCACUGAUGGAGAAGCGCAUGUCAGAAUACAUCACCACGGCUCUGCGUGACACCCGGACCACCAGACGGUUCUAUGACUCUGGAGCCAUCAUGCUGCGGGAUGAAGCCACCAUCCUCACCGGAAUGCUGAUCGGACUGAGCGCCAUCGACUUCAGCUUCUGUCUAAAGGGGGAAGUCCUGGACGGGAAGACCCCCGUGGUCAUCGAUUACACGCCCUACCUAAAGUUCACGCAGAGCUACGACUACCUGACGGACGAGGAGGAGCGGCACAGCGCCGAGAGCAGCACGAGCGAGGACAACUCGCCCGAGCACCCGUACCUGCCGCUCGUCACCGACGAGGACAGCUGGUACAGCAAGUGGCACAAGAUGGAGCAGAAGUUCCGCAUCGUCUACGCGCAGAAGGGCUACCUGGAGGAGCUGGUGCGUCUGCGCGAGUCGCAGCUGAAGGACCUGGAGGCGGAGAACCGGCGGCUUCAGCUGCAGCUGGAGGAGGCGGCGGCGCAGAACCAGCGCGAGAAACGGGAGCUGGAAGGCGUGAUCCUGGAGCUGCAGGAGCAGCUGACAGGUCUGAUCCCCAGUGACCACGCCCCUCUGGCCCAGGGUUCCAAGGAGCUCACUACACCCCUGGUCAAUCAAUGGCCCUCACUGGGAACGCUUAAUGGGGCCGAGGGCGCCAGCAACUCCAAGCUCUACCGGAGACACAGCUUCAUGAGCACGGAGCCGCUGUCAGCUGAAGCCAGUCUGAGCUCGGACUCCCAGCGCCUGGGAGAGGGCACGCGGGACGAGGAGCCCUGGGGUCCCAUCGGGAAGGACCCCACGCCCUCCAUGCUGGGCCUCUGCGGCUCCCUGGCCUCCAUUCCCAGCUGCAAGUCCCUGGCGAGCUUCAAAUCCAACGAGUGCCUGGUGAGCGACAGUCCCGAGGGCAGCCCAGCACUGAGCCCCAGCUGAGGAACAGCAUGGGCAGUGCCAGCCCCACCUGCCAGGGGCCAUGGACACCUGCCACCUUUCUUCAACAAGAGUCCCCCAAUCCAGGCUACCCUUCCAGAGAACGCUACCCACCCAGCCAGGGUUCUCUCGGGGAAGAUCUCGUCUGCUCACCUUAGCUUUCUGCCUUGGCAGCACGGGCUGCGGAAGAAAGCACGCUGGGCCAGGAGGCAGGGGUGCCCAAGCCACAGGGAGCCCCUGGGGAAGCCUGCUCCAUUCUUCUGGUGACCUUGGCGCUCCUUCACUCAUCUCCCCUGCCCCCUCAGGACCUGGUGGCCCAGCUUCCACACCCCCACCUCCCAGUCUCUAGCCUCUCCAUCUGUCUGUGUAUGGCCUGGAGUCACUCCUUCCUCAGCCCCCAGGGCAAGAGAGCUCUGUGGGGGAUCAGGCAAAUAAAAACCAGAGGACUGA